GUCGAUAAGGCACACACAUGAGGGAGUUGAAUACAACGAAGCAGAGGUUCUGUGCUCCCAAAAUGAUACAUUUUUUAUGAAUGAAACAGCACAUGAAAAGCUUUGAAACAGUAAAAAAAGAAAUACACAGAGUAUCUCCAUAAAGCAAUUCCAGAUGGAUGGUGGUAACAUCAAUUCAAGUGAACACAUUGAUACAACUUCUACCAAAAUCUUUGUUGGAGGUUUAGCUUGGGAAACUCAAAGGGACACAGUGAGAAGGUAUUUUGAGCAGUUUGGAGAGAUUUUAGAGGCUGUUGUUAUCACAGAUAAGAACACUGGAAGAUCCAAGGGUUAUGGUUUUAUCACAUUCAAGGAUCCUGAGGUAGCAAUGAAAGCAGUUCAAAACCCAUAUCCAAUAAUUGAUGGACGGAAGACAAAUUGCAACAUUGCAUCUAUUGGUGCAAACAAGAAUCGCAGACAGGCUCCACAACAUGGCUGGUUUAGAGAAGCACCUGGUUUAUUGGCUUCACCUGUUUAUCAUGAUCCUUUCUCUGCAUUUUUCCAUGAAAACAAUGGACAAUACACAAUUCCUAAUUCAACUUUUGGCAGAUAUAUUCAACCUUCACAUGACAUGAUGUACCCGAUGAUGAACUGUUAUGGAGUACUUGGAGAGCAACAGUUCUCAACUUACUACCCCUACAUUGGACCAUCUGAACCUAUAAGAUUGGUCCAUAACACUUACCCUUUUUUUUCUCAGUAUGCACACAAUAUCGAAGCUCAAGGUUUUGGAUUCCAUUAUCCCCAAAUGAUGCAUUCUCCAGUUAUUCCUAGGCACUAUGACUCACCUGGUAUCCUUAGAUUUCCUUCGUCAAUGGAAAGGCCAACUAUUAGUGCAGUUACCAGAACUGCAACAACAAAAAGAGAGACACUAAGAACAUGUGCAGAUGCUUCACAAACCAGUGAAAUAACUUCUGAACAAGAUUCUUCAGCUGAAUCUUCGCAUAAAUAAUCAAAUGAUGUCUUGAAAGCAUGAUUACAGAAGAGGCAAAGAUACAAGUAUGUACCAAGAGAAGUAAUCCAACAACCCAAAAACGAAAGGGUUCGUUCAAGGAAUGAAUUAAUGAUGUACAUUAUAUUAAGUUUGUCCACUAAUUGACCAAAUUAAUCCUUCCUUUAUGUUCUCACUAUUGAAUGUACUCUUCCUAAUAGACUAUUUUUUUCUAAGUAGCUUACAAUAAUGACACCCUGUUUGUAUGAAAUGGCAAAUGGCUCAUAAGGUUUU